AUUUAGGGGUGGGAAUAGAAAACAGUCAGAAGUUAUUCUGUCUUCUUUUCUGUGUGUUUGCCCGCCGUCAAUGAGUUGCAUUCAUUCAUAGGACUCAGAAUGGAGGAGACAUUGCAACAAGAGAAACAAGAGUCGGAAUAUAAAAAUCCCAACGAGGAUCAAGGUGGGAUCCGUCGUCGAUUGAGGGACAGGGAUCUUCUCAGGAAGAGAAAGGCUGAAGCCGAAGAGAAGGAAACUAACCAGUGGGUCUUUGGGGUGGAAAGCCAGAGGAAAAGACCGAGGGCUGAGGACAGGAGCGGUGCAAAGAAGAAAGGGAGGCCCAGAAAGACUGAACCCAAACCGGAGGUAUCUGCCAUUCAGCAAGAGGCAGCACCGCCUCAGGAAGGUCCUGCAGUAGUCGUGGUGCCUGAACCCACUGAGGUCAUCCUAGAUCAAACAGCAAGUUCUCUAUCACCCCUACUUGCUGUGGAAUCAAAACCAGCAUCUGUCCUUGCUGCCCCAUCUCCUCUGCCACUGUUUGGCUCCAUCAGGAGCCCAGUCUUUGCUCCUACUCUGACUCCUCCAGCUCCAGCCCUUUUUUCACCUUCAGUUCCUGCCCAAGCUCCCGCCAAAGAUCUAGAUACGGCUCCAGUCCCCGUCCAAGAUUUGGCUCCAGCUCCAGAUGCUGCUCCAGUCACCACCUCUGAUCCAGCUGCAGCUCCUUCUGCAGCUCCCCCCCAGGUGGAUCCCUUCUACAUAGGGUCACAAGGCAGUAAAGCCCUUGACCAGGUCUUGAUUGAGGACUUGGGCCCAGAUGAGGAGCAAGAUACCCCUGUACCUCAAGACAAAAGAGCUGAUGAAGAUUUGAGUGGGACACCGUUGAUCAACGUACCUGAACAAAACAAAAUGUUCUCAGUUCCCACCUUCCCACAGCCGCCUCCUCCACAAGAAUACUUCCCAGGAAACUCAUUCUAAUUUUCUAAAACACACAUUUCAGAUACUGCCUCAGUUCAGAACACGCAAGCCAGACUUCAUCUUUUUUGGUCACAGUUUGUAUCUGACUAUUGUUUUGGUUAGUGUGCAGCCUGUUGAGGUUGAAGAGAAUAAACAUGUUGAGCAUAUGCAUCGCUUAUUUGCCAAAUGUAUGAAUUCAAACCUGUAUGCUUAUUUAUUCUGGUUUAUGCUUCACGGCGAAGCUCAUGAAUUUUAUUUUGUAUUUUGCAUUUAGUAAACAGCAAAUUUUGCCUGCUUUUAUCUAAAAGUAAAUGAUAAAUCACUGGUAAUUAUGUAUUUGUAGUUGUGGAUUUAUUCGAUUGAAUUUUGUAAAAGUUGUUUUUCACUUAAUAAAUUAACCAGCUUACAAUCA